AAACUACUUUCAUUUGUGCAGUUUCUCAUUCUCCCAAGAGUUUUUCAGGUGUUCUUUAACUGGAAGAGUUUCAGUUUACCCCGUGAACAUCAGUCCACCAUCUUUAGGUGUUUCAUACUUGUUAAGUUCCUCUGUGUUUCCACCUGCAGCAUUGUUAAUGCAUUGCACACUAUACUGCCAGUACAUAUUACUGGUCAAGGCAUUGUACAGUAUAUUAUUUUCAAUGAUUGUGGACUUGUGGACCAAAUAUAUCCAUGCCAUUUGUCUGUUAUUUUCUUUGUGGGUGUUGCAUAAUUUCCACCCAUCCUCCAAGCUUUGACCACCUUCUUCAAUAACUGAGAGAGCAUCAAUCUGAGGCUGCAUUUACACGACGUCACCGUGUUGACUUUUUACAAAGUGUUGUACAGUGUUAUAGAAAUACAAAAAUACAAGACACUAAAGUAUAUUGAUACAAAACAUUAACCCAUUUUCAUAAACCCUACCAAAUACAAAUGACGAAAUACUACUUUAUAUUUUUGAAAUAUGUAUUUGAAAUACAUGUAAUGAAGAGAAUAGCAAUAGUCAAAGAAAGAGCUUAGAGUCAAGGCUUUGGGACGGCUAAACAAUACAUAGCGAAGGGAAUUACAUUUAGAGGGACAGAAAAAGACAAAAGUAAAUAAAUGACAGAAAUGAUAAAUUAUGUAAUUAAAAUACAUUUAAAACGAUUAGAUUAAUAAAUAAAUGAACAAAACUGUAUUCACAGUGAAAGAGGCCGCUGUUCUGCUCUACGUGUAAAGGUGUGUUUGUGUCUCCGCCCAUUCGCUCCUCAAAGUUCACCUGAUACUGCUGGGGGUUUUUCACUUUCGGUAUUCUCGGCCUCAAAACACAACUUUAUCAUUUAUUUUCAGUCUUUUGGCCUUCACUGUCGAGAUUUAUACAGCAGAUGGGUUUUACACUUCACACCGACAUUAAAUAACACGCGGUUAGGAAAGAAACUAACACCGUCAGGAGCCGAAAUGGAGUUUGUGGUGCGGGUUUGGCUGUUCUUCACCUGCCUCUGUUUUCCAGAUUUUGUUUUCUGUGAGGAAUAUGCAGAAAUGGGAGGCCUGAUCACGUUAUCUCCCAGCAUUCGUGGGAAACCUGUAGAAAUCCUGUGGAAACACAAUGGAGAUAAGGUUGUGGAGUACGACAACAGUGAGAUGGAGGAAUACGGCUCAUUCAAAGACCGUGUGGAGCUUGAUUUCGAAACAGGACAGCUCACAAUAAAGAAACUGGCCAGUCAAGAUGGUGGACAAUACCAGUCUGACAUCACGAUCAACGGGAAAGUUCAGAGCUCCAGACAUACUUUAACUGUUCUGGAUGUUCUUCCAGAUCCUCGAGUGACCUGUGAAGUGAACGAGGCCUCAAAUCUUCAAGAGCUGUUGUGUUCAGUGGACUACAAGACUCCGCUGCUGUAUAAAUGGAGCGGGCCGAACGUGAUCGAUCAUCCGGGAGCAGAACUGAUCAUCGACGAGCAGCAGAAAAACAGCGACUCCAUCUACACGUGCACUGUGAAGAAUGAAGUCAGCAGCAAAACAACAGACUUCAAUCUGCAAGACUGCGUCACAGGAGCAGCAGCAGCAGCAAGGCUUCAGGUGAUUCUUCCAGUCCUAUUCGUAAUACUACUAUUCAUUUUCCUCAUUAUACUGGCAGUAUUCAUCUACAGGAGGAGAAAGUCAAGGUCUGAACAGAAGAAAAGGGACCCUGAAAAUGCUUUAUCUGAAGCCACUCUUCCCAGUCAAAUGAGACUUAAAUAUCAAAAUGACUCUGAUAAAAAACAGGAUGAGGGCAAUGGAUCAGACAAUACAGGUGAAAAUGAAGAAAAAACAGCACUUCUGAAUCACAAUGGAAAUGAGGAAGAGCUGUACAGAAGUGAAAACAGCCUACAUGCAGUUAUAGAAGAAGAAAAUGCCUACAGCAAACCUGACGAAACUCAAAAACUCCAAGAAGACCGAGAUGAGGAGGAGGAGGAAGGACAAAGAGAUGAACUGGAAAAGGGGAAUGACAUUGGAAAGACGUCACUUGAGCACCUGAACAAGACACCAGAAGAAUUCAAGAUUGAUGAUGGUGAUGAUGAUGAGAAUAAUGUCAAAAUACCUGGAGAGAAGAAAGAGGAGGUAAACGGAGAGGAAAAGGACCAGCAAAACACAGAUUCAGAGAAACCUCCAAUAGAAAACAACAGUGAUGCAUUUUCCAGUCUAAAAGACCGUAGAGCGGAUACAGAUAUAGAUGACGAGAACAAGACUGUGAAAUCUGACGACAACAAAGAAGAUAUUGAAACAAAAGCUGAACAAAAUGAUGAUGAUGAUGAUGAUGCAGAGGGUUCUGCAAAAUGAAGAAACAGCCAAAGCGAUAUCAGAAGAUGAUGAUAAUAAAGCACAGAGAGAUAAGAGCUGUGAGCCAAAACAAGAAGACAUGAAGCAGAACAAUGAUCCUCCAGAUGCAGGGAUUAAUAAACAUUUAAAUGAUAAUGAUCCUGAUCCUAAUCCUGAUCAGGACCGGAGAAAAGAUAACCUGUCUGUGCCAGAGGAUGAACAGCACGAAACACAGAGCGACAAGCUUCAAAAGCAAGCACAUCUGAGCAAACAGAACUCUACAGAAAGAGAGAGUCAACUUCGGUGUGAGAACAUCGGUGAGGAAAGUGACACUGACUCAGAUUUAUGAGUGAUAAUAGCGAAUAUGAUAUUAUUGAAGGAAAGGAAGACACUGAAAGUUCAUCAGAAAUAAUGGAAAGAGGAUGACAUAUACAGCUAAAGAGAAAUCAUGGUGAACUUGAGGAGGAACAGAAGUAAGGUCUUCAGAAAUAAAUCAAUGCUGUCUAGAUGAAAACAUUCAGCUUUUCCAUUGUUUGUCAGUGUAAACACAUGCUUUGACUGAUGUGUGUGAUCGUUACACUCGCACUUUUCAGCGCCUUAUUCAAAUAUUUAUUAAAUUAUUGAAAUAAUUUAGAUUUUUUUAAAUAUAUAUAUAUACAUUUAUAAAGCUAUUCUUUGUAUUUUAUCAUCGAAUUAUAAAAAAGCUAUGCGAGGUGUUUGUAAUGCAAAGUGUGUGGCUGUGGGACAGUACAUUUGACAGCAUUAGGCUAAUAAUAUUGACACUAUUUUUAUUGUUUUUGUCAUGAUUAAACUAUCAUGGAGUUUUUAUAUUAUUAUUUGUGCAAAUUGGAAUUCAAAGAAAUGUAUUUGUGGGACUCUCCCAUUCACUGCUGUUGUUGAGUGACACUGUAUUUUUGAGAGUUAUUUUAGGCCAGAAGGGGUUUUCAUUUAUUUUCCUUUGGCUCAGUCACCACAGCAGAAUGAACCGCCAACUUAUCCACUGUGUUGCCUAAAAGUAGCUUUUUAGACUUAAAAUAUGUCAUUUAUUCAUAAGGAUAGCACCUGUUUGACUUCAAGCAGCAUUUCAGCACUCACAAAACCUAGAUAGAGCAACUUUAUCAUGGACACUUGUUCUGAAAUCUACACUAUAGUGUCCAGGUAUGAAAUGUAAUUCAUUUUAGGAAUAUCUGACAGUCUUUAGUCUUAUAAUCUAAUUUUUAGUUUUUUGUUGCAAAACAAACAGAUUUCAAAUUAUAUCGCUUCAUUGAUUUGUUGAUGUUGUUUGUACUGAUUUGCUAGGCAUCUCUGUAUUGUUGUUUAUUAACUAUUUUAA